GCGUAUUUUGACGUCUUUUUCACAUUAGAAGAUGUGAGAUUUUUUUGUUUUGUUUUAUUAUUAUCAGAAGAUUUAAAAAGAUGGCAAGUCUCAGUCAAGAGCUAAAGCGCUGGGCUAUUGAGGAGAUUGAGUUGCCAGCAGCCAGACUCCCGGAUGACGGCUAUUUAAAGACGUUGUGUGUCGGUCCUGGAACUUCCAUCUGGAAGUAUGUCACGCAACAUGUUUAUAAAGAAAGGAACGUUCGAGUCAUGAGGGGGAAUAUUCAGUGGUACAAAGUUUUACAAGAUAAAGAGCUUAAACAGUUGAAAAAUCAGAAUAAAGAUGCGAGAAGGCUUGAGCUUCAGAGAGAGAUUGAUGCCCUUCAGACUGAACUCAAUCAACUGGACACAAAGAUCAGUAGAGUGGAGGAUCAAAUUGCUACUGAAGAGCAGAACAUGAACAGGAACUGGGGUGACUUUAUGGAUGGCAGGCACAGACAGAUCCUGUUAGAUUCUUUCAGGCAGCGCUGCUCUGAGGAGAGAAACGUACUGUUAGAGGACACACACGUGAUUGGCACUCAGCGGCAUGCCCUGGAAGAGCUGUCCAAGAAAGCAGAGGUGAAGCUGGUGUUCGGGCCAUCUGACGGUUCAGACAGUGAAGCUGGAGCAGAUCCAUUGGUUUUAAAAGAUGUGAGAGAGCUCUGCAGCGAGAGGGUUCUCUUCUUCCAGGGCCUGCUAGAGAGUGAACUAAACGUGAAUCCGUCCUCUGAAUUUACUCAUGAACAAAGGAAAGCAGCGAUCCAGCACUGGAUGAGUGCAGUUCAGAACGCUCUACGCUCUCAUCCUCCAAACCAAGUUCUUUCAGCUCUGCAAGCCUUGACCUCCAGACAGCAGGUGGCGUUAGAGGAGAAGAUUGCAGCUUUGAAUGUGGAGCGUGACAUUUCGGAUCUCAGGUUUCGUUAUGAGAGUGAUCACCUAAUAGAUGCGUCGGCUGAGCAGAAAGAGGAGUUAACACCUGUCCGCAGUCUGUUGCAGUCUGCCUGGGAGGAGGUGGAGCAGAGUUAUUUUGAAUUGGCUCAGGCUCACAACAGAUGUGGGCAGCUGGAGACUGAACUCACAGCUUUGAUGAGAAAAGCAGAGACGGCACACUAUGUUCCGUUUGUGAGCAGGUGUGUGUUUGAGUUGGAGAUGGAGGGAGUAAAGCAGGCAGCAGUCAGAGACCACAUCAGAGAGCAGUGUGCUCAGCUACAGCUGCAGGCCAGAGAGGGGCAGGAUGCCAUCAGAACCCCACAGACACAAUACAAAAUUUUCAUCGAAAUCAUACAUAUUCCUAAAAAAAUAUCUACAAAAUCAAAAACAAAAGACAAAAAAUUCAUAUUCUGGAGUUUUCACUGUGCUGGACAGUUUGUUCAAGAGAAGCUCAAUCCUCAGUUUUGCAGUGUGAUUAAAGCCAUAACAAUACAUCCACUGGAUCGCAGGGUCAUGAAGGGACUUAUAAAAACUGAUGGUGGAAGUCUUGUCUUUCUUUGCCAGGCUCCAGAAGAGCUGUGGUCUCAAGCUGCAGUUUUAAGGCUGGAGUUAAGAAAUCUGCGCAGGCUUCUUCAUCUUUACUCAGAGUCAUCAGCAGACCUGCAGAAGCUGACAGCACAGCUACCAUCACCAGAUCAGCAGACUUUGGUACAGCGUGUGAAGAUAGUAGAUGAUGAGAUUCUGCAGACGUUGCUCCCACGGGCCCGUGAGCUCACACAGAGGUGCUCAAAAGGCCUGCUUUACACAGAACAAGUGAAGACUGCCAUCACACACUGGUGGGAGCAGCCUGGACAGUUUGCCCUGCCAGAGAUGCAAAUACUGAAUUAG